CUAACAUUAUCUGUGCCUGUCAAAUUCAAUGGCGGACGACCUCGUAUUCGUAUCGUAACAAAACAUAUUUCACAUUUUAGUUUCACCGAUCUAACACAAUUUGAACACUACAUGAGCUUCAGUUCCACCGCGUGAACAACAAAAGCGGUGUAUAAUGUCCACUGUCGUGUCGGACUGUUUUACUAUCGGUAGCAUAGUAGCGACGAGAACAUGUUACAACGAAAAUAUAGAAGGCGAGGUGCUAGCUUUCGAUCCUCAAACUAAAAUGUUAAUAUUAAAAUGUCCGUCGUCUAGCGGGAAUCCUAAACGCCAUGAUGUGAAUAUCGUGAACCUAUCGUUGGUGAGUGAUGUGCAAAUCAAAAAAGAAGUCACGACGGUGCCCGACCCGCCGCAGUCUCUCAACCUGCAUAGACUAAACACGCGAGUUCGAAAUUCAAUAGAGAAUAAAAGAAGACUAGUAUCAGCAUUAUCAGCAUGCUUGGACCCGGAGGGCCAGCGUCUGUUCAUGGCCAUCGCGAGAGUCAUUGACAACGUCUCGUGGGACGGACAGAACAUCAACGUCUACAAUGAUGUUAUUAUCACACCUCCUUAUAAGGUGGACAACGUACUAUGCGAAAAAGACUCAAAAUCGUACAAUUAUAUAAAGAAGUUCGUGGAAAGACACUGGCGCGACCACCGCGAUCACGCCGCGCACUCGAACCAACACCAGUAGUUAUAACUUAAUGAUAGACCUGAAUAUCAUAUUCAAAUUAUCAAGGCAAAGAAAUAUACUAGAUCAUACAGGUAAAGAAAUAUAUUAAAACUAUAUAUUUCUAGCAGUUUUAUCCACAUAUUACCCGAUCUCGUGGUUAUUUUACAGUUUUUUUGUGUCUUUGCGGCAUUUUUUAAAUUUUUUCUCACCGUUUAAACCUUCCCUGGAUUUU